ACGUGUGGCAUGAUUUCCUUUGUUGGUGUCUGUGUAAACAUUUGUUCAAGUUAAAACCAAAUCGAAAUUCUGUAACAAGAGCGCCCCGCAAUUCUCCGACAAUGUUGUAACUGUACUGCGUGAUAUUGAAGAGUUUUUGUCGUUGAACUCAUUCGUGGUGGAAGUGUUGGCAACAAAGCUUUUUUGGUCUCUUCUUAAGCUGGAACAUAAAACAGUUUAUUUUCGUUUCCACAAGGCACUGCAUUCCUAGAAAAUUCCUCGAAAUGGAAGGGCUCGGGAACGCGGUGCAGAAGAAAACUGCUGAUCUUGAGCACAUGGCGGAGGUUUUAAUCACGGGGGAGCAGCUCCGGCUCAGGCUUCAUGAAGAAAAGAUUAUCAAGGAUCGUCGAUAUCACCUUAGAACCUAUCCAAAUUGUUUUGUGGCUAAAGAAUUAAUCGAUUGGCUGCUAGAUCACAAAGAUGCUGCUGACAGGAAUAUGGCAAUCAAGUUGGUGCAGAAACUAUUGGACCAUGGUGUUAUCCAUCAUGUGUGUGAUGAACUUAAGGAAUUUAAGGACGCCAAACUCUUCUACCGCUUCAGAAAAGAUGAUGGCACUUUCCCAUUGGAUAGUGAAGUGAAAGUUUUCGCAAGGGGCCAAAGGAUAUAUGAAAAGUUGAUGACCACUGAGAACUAUCUGCUGCAGACAAGGGAGGAAGAAGGAGUGAAAUAUCAACGUGCUUUUGUAGCAAGUGAAUUUAUCGACUGGCUGAUCCAAGAAGGAGAGGUUGCAUUAAGGAGUGAAGGGGAACAGCUUUGUUGUAGACUGCUGGAACAUGGCAUUAUUCAACAUGUGGCCAACAAACAUCACUUUGUGGAUGGUAACCUCUUGUACCAGUUCCGCAUGAACUUUCGCAGAAGGCGAAGACUGGUGGAGCUGCUGAAUGGGAGUGUGUCUUUGGCACCUGACAGUCAUGAAAGCCCUUUCUGUUUACGAAAACAGAAUUCUGACAAUCCUAACACCAGCUUCCUCUCAGUGAGCCCAACAAAGGAAAUCAAGAUUGUUUCUGCGGUUCGACGGUGUAGCAUGAGCAGCAGCUGUGGCAGCAGUGGUUAUUACAGCAGCAGCCCCACUCCCAGCAGCAGCCCUCCUGUGUUGUCCAACCCCAAGUCUGUGUUAAAGAGACCAGUGACAACAGAGGAGCUCUUAGCUCCUGGGGCACCCUAUACGAAGAAGACGCUUACAAUUGUGGGUGAUGCAGUUGGCUGGGGAUUUGUCGUACGUGGAAAUAAACCAUGCCAUAUUCAAGCAGUGGAUCCCAGUGGCCCUGCUGCUGUAGCUGGAAUGAAGUGGGGUUCCUGAAUGAAUGCCUUGACUGAGUUCUUGGAAAGGCCACUAGAGUUCAUGCGGACUGAAGCAGAGAACAUAGUCCUCAAGCAGAAAGUGGACUCCAUUAACCCUGACCUGCAGGAGGCUACAAAAUUCAACCAUCACUGGACCAGCUGCAGGAUCUCAACUGCUAUCUCCAGGUGCAACUCCUGAGCUGAAUAUGGUGUAACAUAUUUUAUUGCAUAACCUAAAUGCUAUGUGAAUUGUUAUUUCAAAUUAGAGCUGCAUCCAGGUAAAAUAGGAAUAAAGAGCAUUUGGUUUGAAUUACAACAAAAGGACCUCCAUACACCAACACUGCCUAAGUCAAUGCAGCUGACUGAGGACACUUUACCCUUAUUGAGUGGCACAGGCAGAGAAACAAGCAUCCAUGCCUCUACACACCCUGCUAAAUCCUCGAUACUCCCAUCAAUGGGAUAGUAAUUAUUCUCACAUUGCACAAAAUACUGAUUCUUAAAGCACCUCUAGUAUGACAGAUGGGUUGUUAAAACUGGCAUUCCUUUGACUCUGAAGCAUGGUAUCUGCAUGUAUAGCUUUAGUUGUGUUUACAAUCAGAUAUUAAUUAAAUUCUCUCACUUUUCUCCACAUCUGUAGUGUAUCAUAGCCCUUGCCUCAAAAUGACAGGGAUGAGUGCAGAGGGUGUCAAUAAAGAGAAAGCCCAACCCAUACCUACGUAUCUGAACAGGUAAUAGUCUUAUAACAAAUGAAGGAAAGCAGCCCAACAUUACAACCAACAUUACAGUAAUAAGUGGGGGAGGAUUUUCCUUCAGAUACUUUUAAAAAGAUUUCUUGAAUUGUUUUUCUCUGUUCAUAUUCUUUGAUUCAGUUUCUUCCUAAAUCAUAUUUUCCACGGCUUUUGCAAAUUAGGUCUCCAAUGAAAUUGCUUUCAAAAUCUGAAUUGACGACAUUGAUGUUACCACAAGAAUCACCCUCAGCUACAUGCCUUCACCCACACAAACACCAGAAGUGGGGUCAACUCAGUUUCUUGUGCAGUGUUACUUCAAUUUUCUCAUGUAAACAACAUUUAUCUUUUUCAUGAUCGAACCUCUCUCCUGGGAGUCUGGCAAAUGAAUGUUCCAGCAGCAGCCAUGGCCUCCUUUGUGGAGCUGGGAUUUCCUCAUCCCGGGCCCUAAUUCCAAUGAAAAGACCCUCACAGCUGCCUGAUCCCAACUGCACAGGCUGUCCAUGUCUCUCCUCCAAACUCUCCUGCUCACAGAUACUUCAUCCGAAUGCAGGAUAAUCCCCAAUCAAUUCCUGCACAACCUCAGAAUUUCCAAAACAGCUUUAUGAUCAAUGAAACAUUUUUGUAAUAUAACCACUGAUGAAAUGAAGGCCUCUUACUUCAGAUUUUAGGUGGAAAUAAGGAAUAACAAGGAAAAGAAAUCACAGCUGGGAGAUUUCUACAGGCCCAAGAAGAGUUGCUUCACUGUGGAGUAAAUUAUAAAUCAGUAAACAAUGGAGUCCUGCAAGAUGGACUCUACAAUUAGAAUGGGUGUUUUUAAUCUGAAUAUUAAGUGUACAAAACAGGUGGGCAAGGAUGAUAUGCAAGACGAAUUUCUAGAUUGUAUCUUGGAUUGCUUCUUAGAGCAGGAUGUUGCAAAACCAACAUGACAACUGGCUAUUUUAGAUCUAGUAAUAUGUAAUGAGGCAGGACUAAUAAGAGAUCUCUAGUUAAGGAUCCCUCCAGGGAAGCAGAGAACGUAACAUGAUAGGAUUUCAAAUUCUAUUUGAGGGAGAGCAAAAAAAGUGUCCACAACGUAAAUAAGAGCAGUGUAGGUGGUUGAGGGGUGACCGUACAGAGGUUUAUAAAAUCAUGAGGAGGAUAGACUUGGUGACUCACAAAGGUCUUCUCCCUAGUGUAGGAGAAUCCAAAACUAGGUUUAAGAUGAGUGGGGAAAGAUUUAAAAGGGACCUAAAGGGCAACCUUUUCAUGAAAAGAGUGGUGUAUAUGGAGCGAGCUGCUAGAGGAAAUGCAGGUGCAGGUACAGUUACAACAUUUAAAAGACAUUUGAGCAGGUACAUG